AUAGCAACCAUUAGCGUCAAGAUGGAGGAUUCGCCGAAAGGAAUCACCGUUGUGACUGAUACUGAUGUUUUUCAACUUAAUGGAAGGCCAUGUGAACUGUCAGCAUUUUCGCACAUUCCAAAAAACCGUUUAAGUGUCCCUAAAGAGAGAAACUGUUUUAAUUCGAAUACACAGGUUUGAUUUUUAAAAACUGUAUAACAGUAGACUUACCAGAUCAAGUAGAUUUUCUUUACUUGCUCUGUAAGUAGCUGUGCCUGUGCCUUCAGGGACUAUUGAGAAUUUAUUGGUAAAAAAACAUUUUUAAAACACACACACACAACAUAUUUAUUCUGGGCUAUUAAAAAAAUAUUUGGAGGGACCAAAAUCUCCAAUAUUAAUAAAAUUGCAAAUUAUUAAUUGGCAAGGCACUAACUUGCACUAGCCCUAGCUGUGUAUCAUACUCUAUCUCAUUUCCUGGGAUGAAAUUGACUCUCAGCUCAUGAUGAGGUAAAUUAUAUAUAAGCCAGGUCGCUUAAUCAGAGCCAAACGCCCAAUAAACACUGACUUCACCUUUGACAACUCCAUGAGCAGUUACAUCUGGAACAAUAGCAAAUGCUUCACUGUGCCUUGGUGUAACACAGUUCAAUAUAAUAUAAGCAAUCAUUCUUCCCACGAACAAUAGUUGCUUGGAACCAACUGGACAAUGCCGCCGUGGACUCGACAUCAAUCGAGAGUUUCAAGGCUGCCCUGGCACCCGCUGGGAGGUGUUAGGAUAGCCGCAUCGUUUCCCAAACCGUUGCACAUAUGCCAGUACAUGGUUGCAGCACCUAGUCUAUCAGAAUGAAAAUAAAUUAUAAUAUAAACUGAAUUAAACUAUGAGAAAUAGUCGGUUUUAAUAAUUAAUAAUUGCUUAAUUUUUAUAGUCUUUUAUUGAAAUUUGAAUGAAAAACUACCGUAUGUUAAGGUUACUUGAGAAGUCGGUCACUUGCUACUAAUAACUAGUUGCUUCAUUUUCUCCUUCUAAGCCGUAAUAAUAAUAACUAAUACUUAACUGCUAAUAUUAUGCUUGUUUCGUAAAAGUCAGAUAAGGUCGCCUGUAGAAAAAAAUGUUACACUAUAUUUGAAAAUUGCAUUCUUUAAUAAAGGCCUCAAAUUCUUGUUACAAACCCAUCAUGAAAUAUGUACAAGCUAAUGUUUGUAACAAAUGGUUCAUUAAAAAAAACAACUUAAGAAUGAGCCCAUAAAAUGGUACCUUAAUUUUUUUUUUUUUUGCACUUGCAAUGGGAUUUCUGGUUUAAAAAAUCUACUAGAAGGGGCUAUCCAUUUAUGACGUCAUGCAAUAUUUGCAGAUUUUUACCCCUCGUCACAAAUUAUCACAUCCCACCCCACAAAAAAAAAAAAUCAAUUCAAAAUUAAUACUAAUGUCUCCUAUCUAAAAUCAAUAGACCUAUUCAUCAUGUAUUUGAGAAGAGAAUGUCAUGUUGUCUACAGCUGCCUGGACCUUUUUGUUUACAAACUAGGAUAGCCCAACCCAUGCGAUAGGAAUCUUUUCAAUUACUGCACCUGUAUCAGAAAAGAAACAUUUCCUCCAAGAACAGAGGUUCCCAAACUGUGAAUCCCAACAACUUGUGAAGCCUUGGCUUCCUUACUGGAGCACCUCAAAGUUAAAAAAAUCAUUAAAAUUAGGUAUUUCACAGUGCACUUGUUAUAAUUUGAGAUAGGGCUCCAUGUGAAAACCUGAAUGCAGCAAGGGUGCCAAGGCUCAAAAAAAGUCUGGGAACCUCUGCGCUAGAUCAUUACUAAUAUCAUUUUCCUGGUAACUAUUUUGUUUCCUUCCAACUCCACUUAUUCCCACACUCCAGUCUCCAACCUUUUUGACAUAAUUUAUCCCAACAACAAAUAUCACUGCCCCUUUGACUUUUUCCCUCCAUACCAUCCUGUAACUUGAUUGCCCAAGAGGGGUGGUCUUUCACAUACUUGAGAAGGCCUACCAGCUCUUCACAAUAUUGAUAUGCUCAGUUAUAAUGAUGGUGAUCAUAGCUUAAAAUGAAAAAAAAUUAAUUCAAAUACAAUCAAUCACCAAAUAAACAUCAAGAAACCGCAAGAAAUUAAAAUUUAAUCAUUAAAAUUGGUGUUUAAAUAAAUUUUUUUUUACUAACAAUUUGCGGGAUUCACCUUCAGAGACACUACAUAAUGUUGAAAAAUAGGUGUGGGAAAAUUUACACGAAGCCCUUAACUUCAGUUUGUCACUCCUCUUAAAGCAAGAUUAGUCUAAAACUUGCAAUGUAAUUCAAUUUUUUCAUGAAAAAGUGAGUACCAGUACAUAAACAGAGUUUUUACUUCCGAAUGUGGGAUGUACACCCCACAGGGGGGAAAUUCAAAAUAGAAAAUGUAUUUUUUUUUUUUAACAAGAGGCGGGGGGUGGGGGGGGGGGGGGGGGGGUGUAAAAACAGGUCACUUAUUGCAAUUCAACUACUUGUGAGUCAUUUAUACAAUACCGGUAUAUAUAUAUUUUGAUUAUUGUAAGUUUUACUUGUAUUUUGAGGCCUAAAUUUUGCAUUUUAUAAUUUUAUCAGAUUUCACACAAAACUGGAACUGGAUUACACUUCAGAUUUCUUUAUUGGUUUACCAUUUAGCACUGUCCUUUUGGACUUCAGUCUCUCCAACUAAAGCUCUUUUUCUUAGCACUUGACAUCCAUAGUCAAACACAAGUCUAUGAACUUUUAAACUAACAUAUGGGAGGAGGUUGGAGUGGGGUCAAUCAGCCGAUUUUCUGUGAAAAAUUGUUCCAUUUCAAUCCUUUGGCCAAAAGAAAAAUUGUCCGAUGACUGUCGUGAAAUUGACCUAAGCAUCUGCAAAGCUGUACAUUUUAUUAUUUUAAAAAAUCUUUUGCAGAGGCAUCCGGUAUCAAGAUAUGAUAGGUUGUUUACUGUACCAGAGGGAUACAACAAUAAGCUACAUAGAGAUGACAGAGAGCAUGCUAAAUCAAGGGGGCUGAAUGUCCAUGUCGAGGUAUUCUUUCAGGCUUAUAAUAUUUCAUAUUUUAAAAUAAUCUAUGAUCAGAAAUAGGUUGUGUAUUGCAUGUCUUAUUUUUGUCAAGCAUUUAAAAAUGUAAUAGCUACAGUUACCUUACAGUUUAUAACAUAUUGUAGAAAAUAGAGAAAUCAAUAUAUAAAACACUUUAAAAUACAAGCAUGAACAUUUAUCAUUUAUAAAAGUAAGAAGGAAAGGUUUUCAGAGAAAAUAAAACAAUUAUCAACUAUAUUUUAUCUAUUAUCUUUUGUAUCAGGAGGUAGCCAAGGAUGUUCCAACUCUUUCUUCUUCCAUUUAUGGUCAAAAAUUGAAUCUCCACGUAGACCAUCCUGAUAGAAAGCAUGUACGAAUUGGACACGUAAACUCUGAGUUUUACCGCCGCAAUGGGAUUCCAGCAUCAAGUCUCAAAAUUUAAAUUUUACUUUACUUGAGCUGGCUCUAAAAAUUACAAGUUAGAAAAAAAUAAGCCCUAUAGCAACUUGCACUAAUGGUUUGUUUAAAUUUCUAACAAAUUAAAAAAUUAGUUUUGCAAAAUAAUAUUAAUACUGGCAACCAGUUUCAUAAUAACAAUUGUCAAGUCAGGCCUGCACAACUCAAAAUGUAAGGCGGGCCGUAAUACUUUAUGAAAAACUCGUGGGGGCCAAAAGAAAAAAUAAAAUAGGACAAGGGUGAAAGCUAUUAAGAAAAUAAUAAGAAUAAAGAAUAUUUUGUUACUUCGUGGGCUGCAAAGUUGGUUCUGGCUGGCCGUAUGUUGUGCAGGCCUGGUCAAAGUUAUUGAUUGUUUUAAGUAAUGUGUGAGCAAUGAUCUUCCAUUGAUCUAGGAUUAUGGAAAUUAAAAAUGUUAAUUUUAUUUUUUGAUGUAAAGAUUAAUACCAGUAUUCUCCGCUUGGCUGUGAUAUUAUGCUUAGUGUCAAAAUUUAAAAAAAACAACCUUUGCAUGAGAUAUGUAGCUUGUAUUUUAAGUUGAAAGUUUACUUGUAUACAUUUGUUAAUUUUACUGUUUCAAAAUGUAAAAUUAAAAAAAUUUAAAUUGAAGCCAUUAGGGACCAUGCACAUAUUAUAUAACGUGAAGGGGGUAGGACAGGGGUGUCAAAACUCAAAUAACAUGUAAGUUUGCGGGCCGAACAGGAUUUCAAUAAGCGGAAAACUAAUAUUUUUUAAAAACAUUUAUAUAAAUGAAAACAAAAAAGUUUUAAUAAUUAAAAAUCACUGGCAUACCCAUUUUCGCUCUUAUGCCAAUUUGUCAAGAGUUGGAUUUUUGGCACAUUUUCUUGGCUACAAAAAAAAGAAAGUUCGUCUGUGUCAUUGAGAUUCUUAUGAUGGACUGCAAGUGUUUACCAGCGAGAUGACUCCUGUGUGAUUUUUAGUUAAUCUUCAUCACAGAAAAUAGCUUCUCACACAUAUAUGUGCUAACCAACAUCCCCAGGGUUCGAGUCGCAUGUAGUCAAAGCUGGGACAUCUCUUCAGGAAUGAAACUAGUGAACUGUGCAGGCCCAAAUGUGUCAUACUUUGCCUUUAGUGUCCCAUUACACUGCAGCUCUAUUAUCUCCAUCUGCAAAUUUACAGGUGCAGUUUCCACGCCUAUGACAAAUGGGUUAUGGAACCGCUGGAAAUUGCAUUUCUGUGCUUCGAAGUCACUAAAGCGCUAUGCGAACUUGGCGCAAAGGAAGCUAAGUUUUUCAGCAAAGUGUGCUUUGAGAAACACCAUAGCGUUGACUUGGAUAUAUUUGUAAGCCGGUCAAGACCUCGCAAGCCUGAUAUAAUUGUUCAGCGGGCCGGAUGUGGCCAGCGGGCCUCAAGUUUGACAUAUGGGGUAGGGGAUGGUUUAUCAUUUUUUGUACCAGCAUUGUGUUGGAUGGGGUGGCUGGGUAGAGAGCAAUUUUAUAUAACAUUACUUUUCAUUUUUAUUUGUGUUUUAAAAAUGAUUCUUAUAUUUUCAAAAUGUCUGCCUUUUAAAUUUAGCCUAGAUUAUUAAAAACUACAGUGUACUUAUUGCUUACAAGAAGAAUUAGCCAAUUAAAAAAAAAAAAUAUAUAUAUUGCUUUUUGCUUGAAAUUUACUUGUUUUGGACUUAAUUGAGGUUAAUGGAAAGGGGUGGUGGGGGUUGCUAGAAUUGUUAUAUAAAUAUAUCAAGAGCAGGGAAGUGGGAAAAUUUUUUUCAUAUUUUUGUUAUAUAAUAAUAUGAGCAAGGCCCCUUAGCUAUGUGUUCCCAUAAUAUUAUUAAUAUUCUUUGAAAUUUUAUUUUAGAGGAUGAUCAUAACAUUAUUAUUUGGAACCCCAUUUAUUAAAAAAUUCCAGGAACAUUGGUAACACAUAAACAACAUAUUAUUAUUAGGUGAUAUCAGAUCUUUCUCAAUUGAAAUAAAGACUCCAUCUGAUUAUGACCA